AUGAAGCUCACGCUCCUCGCACCCCUCGCCCUCGCAGGUCUUGUAUCCACUUCCCCGACCGCGCUCCUCGAGAAACGCGCCGUGACGUGCCUGAAAGUCGGUGCCACAGCGACCGCUACAUGGAAAAACAGCGCAGGCAAAACAUGUAGCUGGACUGGCACUGUCGGUAGCAACUUUGGUACCAAUAGCGUUACAGGCGGAGAUUAUUCAUGCAACGGCCGCUGUGGCGCAGGCUGCUCUGGUACAGCACUGGGCAACGCGUACACGCAGGACUGCUUUUCGCACGAUGUCUGCUCGUGGUUCAAUAACGCGUCUGGUGGCGCUAGCGACGCCAACUGUGGCGCGGCUUAUGAUGCUGCGGUCGAUGACACGCUUUUGGGCGUGGUGAAUGGUUGUGGACAGUCGAAUCCAACCAAUGCGGCGUCAAGACCGUCGACGAGUCCGACGUGCUCGUAG